UUUGUUUUACAGCUAAACACCCUACAUAUUUAUGUGUUUUCCGGCCUCGCCCCUUGGCUUUGUUUGUACGUCAUCCUAUGUGUUUUGAUUCCUUGAAGGUACAAGAUUCCCAGCGCUAUCAAGAUCUAUUGCUCGCUCUUCUUCUGCUAUUAAGGCUUCUUACUUGUUCUUUCGUCGAACAAAAUCCUGUGCUUUUCUGUCUUCGCCUUGUUACUUGCUGGGCUGUAUCUGUGUUGAUUUUGUGGUUCGGAAUGUCAUCUGUAUCUAGCCAGCCUCAGUUCAGAUACACACAGCCUCCCUCUAAGGUUCUUCAUUUAAGAAAUUUACCAUGGGAGUGCACAGAAGAGGAACUGAUUGAAUUGGGGAAGCCAUUUGGUAAAGUUGUCAAUACCAAGUGUAAUGUUGGAGCAAAUAGAAAUCAAGCAUUUAUAGAGUUUGCAGAAUUGAAUCAAGCUAUUGCAAUGAUAUCGUACUACGCAUCUUCCUCGGAACCAGCUCAGGUACGAGGGAAAACCGUCUACCUACAGUAUUCCAACAGGCAAGAGAUAGUAAACAACAAAACUACUGCUGAUGUAGCUGGAAAUGUAUUGUUGGUAACUAUUGAGGGAAAUGACGCACGCCUUGUCAGUAUUGAUGUUUUACACUUGGUGUUCUCAGCUUUUGGAUUUGUCCAUAAGAUUACUACAUUUGAGAAAACUGCUGGAUUCCAGGCUCUAGUGCAAUUUUCUGAUGCAGAAACUGCCACUUCUGCAAAGGAUGCCCUUGAUGGAAGAAGCAUUCCCAGGUAUUUGAUUCCAGAACUGGGACCUUGCUCCCUCAAAAUAACAUAUUCUGCACAUACUGAUCUGAGUGUGAAGUUUCAGAGUCAUCGUAGCAGGGACUACACCAAUCCUCUCCUUCCUGUUGCUUCCUCAGCCAUUGAUGCAAAUGGUCAGAUCAGUGUGGGUUUAGAUGGGAAGAAGCUGGAGCCUGAGAGUAAUGUUCUUCUAGCUUCCAUUGAGAACAUGCAAUAUGCUGUAACCUUGGAUGUCCUACACACGGUAUUUUCAGCUUUCGGCGCUGUGCUAAAGAUUGCAAUGUUUGAUAAGAAUGGUGAGGUUCAGGCUCUGAUACAAUAUCCUGAUGUGCAGACAGCAGUUGUUGCAAAGGAAGCUUUAGAAGGACAUUCCAUCUAUGAAGGAGGAUUUUGUAAGCUUCAUAUCUCCUACUCUCGCCACACUGAUCUCAGUAUAAAGGUGAAUAAUGAUCGCAGCAGAGAUUAUACAAUCCCGAAUGUCCCUAUGAUGAACUCUCAACCUCCUAUGAUAAACUCUCAACCCUUGGUCAUGGGGCAGCAACCACCUUCAGUAGGAGGUCCAGGUGUUCAUCCAUACAAUGGGCCUACACAAUAUGCCCCAGCUCCUCAUGGACUUGGUGCACCUCAGCAUUCAGCAGGCUGGAACUCACCUGUUGGUGCCGCGCCUCCACAAAUGCCGAUGCAGAUGCACAAUCACCAUUACUCUAUGCCAGCAAGUGGACCUCCUCAAAUGGGUCCUGGGAUGAUGCCAAUGCAUGGACAGAACGGCCUACCACAUUGCGGUGGAAUGCCUCCUUAUCGUCCACAAUAGCACUAGUGAGAACCCCAACCAGGAUUACAUUUUGUUGCAGCAAGAUCUAAGCCAAAAUGUUUACUAAUAUUUUGGUUCAGACUGCAUAUCUUAGUUCUGCGUUCUGUGUCUCAUUUCUUAUUCCCUUUUCUUUUGGGUGUCAUUUGAAGAUUUCUAAGCUACUAGAAGAGGCAUGUACUGGUUAUGAAGAGACUUCAUUGACCUAUAGGACCAAUCAUACUUCCUUGCCUCUUGAUUGGUGCGAUAUAUCAGUUAUAUUAUGUUGUCAUAGCAUUUUAUCGUGGCGGGUUUUGAGAUAUUUAUACUGCAGGCUUGACUGAUUGAAAAGAACUGUUAUGUUUACUUUCCUUUGAGUUGUGGUGAAAUUCAUGACCCGUCUAAGAA